CUCACGCCUAAAAACGAUGGUAAAUUCUAUAACUACAAGUAACAAGGAGAAGAUUCAUUUGUUAUUAAUGUUUUGGUGUCUGAGAGCUUAUAAACCUUGAGGAAUGAGCAAUCUCACAUUGAAACAAGAGACAGAUGACAAGCCAGCAUCAAUGCUCGGCUCUGCAACGACACCCACGACACCUUCAGCUGUAGCCAUCAGUAAGGUGAAACCCAACUACACAUUGAAGUUCACUCUAGCUGGUCACACAAAGGCUGUAUCUGCAGUCAAGUUUAGUCCCGAUGGACAAUGGCUAGCCAGCUCAUCUGCUGAUAAAUUGAUUAAGAUAUGGGGUGCCUACGACGGCAAGUUUGAGAAGACGAUUUCUGGACACAAGCUUGGUAUAUCGGAUGUUGCUUGGUCAAGCGACAGCAAAUUUCUCUGCAGUGCAUCAGACGACAAAACACUGAAGAUCUGGGACCUGGCAACUGGUAAAUGCUUGAAGACCCUAAAAGGACACAGCAAUUAUGUGUUUUGCUGCAACUUCAAUCCACAAGGAAAUUUAAUAGUUUCUGGAUCAUUUGACGAGAGUGUGCGAAUCUGGGAUGUGAAGACAGGCAAAUGUUUGAAGACUUUACCAGCCCACUCUGACCCCGUUUCUGCUGUACAUUUCAACAGGGAUGGCUCACUAAUUGUAUCUAGCAGCUAUGAUGGGCUUUGUCGGAUCUGGGAUACCGCAUCGGGGCAGUGUUUAAAAACCCUGAUUGAUGAUGACAAUCCACCGGUUUCCUUUGUCAAGUUUUCUCCCAAUGGCAAGUACAUCCUAGCAGCGACACUGGAUAGCACACUAAAACUGUGGGACUACAGCAAGGGAAAGUGUUUGAAAACAUACAGUGGACACAAGAAUGAGAAGUAUUGUAUAUUCGCCAACUUCUCAGUGACAGGAGGAAAGUGGAUAGUUUCUGGAUCGGAGGACAAUAUGGUCUACAUUUGGAAUCUGCAAACAAAGGAGGUUGUACAAAAGCUCGAAGGGCAUACAGAUGUCGUUCUGUGCACAUCCUGCCAUCCAACAGAAAACAUCAUUGCCUCUGCUGCUCUGGAAAACGACAAGACAAUAAAGCUGUGGAGGAGCGAUACUUGACCUGUGUGAUUCCGAUUUUAUCCACUAGGUGGCGUGCUCCAUUGCAAGUGCUUAGGAAUAUUGGAAUCACCAUCAACCCGUGCGCUGGGAACCAUGCAGACCGAAUGUACCACAAUUAGCACGUUAUGUCUAUCACCUGAAUUGAAUUGACUUUAUGUGCUAAAAAAGCAUUGGUUUCUUUCUGAGUGAGUAAAUCGUGAAGCGUAUAGCCUCAUAGAGGAGGUACGUUUGUGUUCGGUGUUUAACAUUGGUGGCAUGAUUCAUGAGUGUAUUAAGCACAGGAUUUCGUGUCAAGCAUUGUAAAAAGUUAACUGCUAUUUUAUCACGAGUUUAGAACUUCUAUUACACGGUUAGUUUUAGGCUAGAAUGAGUAAUACACCUGCUAGAUAUAGAUUAUGCAAAGUACUUUUUUUAAAAACUUUUUCAAAGUUUUUUGAAGAAAUACUGUAAUAUCAUACACGAUGUACAAGAACGACGUGUAGUUCCGAGGCAAAAUCCCCUCCUUGUGUAUUGGUGCACAUGGGUGACUAUUUUAGAUGUUCAGAAUGUUAGGAAAUCGGCAUUUUCACUCUCACAGCGAGUAACUUGAAUAUUGAGUCUUCCAUCUUCGAAAAGAGAUUGUGCAUUUAAAAGGAGAUGGAGACCACACCCUUGUAUCAUCCUUCACGUGCUUGUUGUGUGUAAAACUAAUGGAGCGGCUUUAGAGAUUGAAACUUGUAUGUAAUCAUGUAUUGCAAAAUCUCUCCCAAUUAUGCAUCCUCUGUUAGCUACAAGAAUGAGCGUGAGUGCUGCAUGAAGGUCACAAUAUGUACGUCACGCUUACAGACAGUGCAAGCAAUCCACGCAUAUCAUUGUGUCCAGUAGAGAGGGAAAGCAAGGUGGACAGACAAAGCCACGUCAGAGUGACAAAUGUUUGUCAAGAAAGAACAGUAUGCAGCAUAGCAUUAUAUCACAGCAUGGUAUCAUGUCAUAGAGUAGCGUUAUGUCACAGCAUGUCAGUACGUCACAGUGUAGCAUUAUGUCACGGAAUAGUGUUACAUCAUAGCAUAGCAUUAUGACACAGCGUAACAUUACAUCACAGCAUGGCGUCGCAGCGGUGUUGUGUUGCGGCGUAGCAUUACGAUGCAUUGUAGCAUUAUGUCGCAGUACGGCUGUAAGUCAUCAUGCCAUGUUAUACCACAGAGUAACCUUAAAACGUCAGUCUGGUAUGUGAAAAGAGGGGAGCCGUGUAAAUUGUGCUACGUUACCACUCAAGAAAUUCUGUAUGAUGCCGCGAAUGUGAGAGCAAAUAUUGUAAAUUACUAAAUCUCAUUGGUGUACAGUGAAGUGCUGUAAAGUUGAACUAAUAGCUAUAACAUGGGAGAUUUCUGACGCUGUCUGCCGUACAUUUAAAAGCGAGUAUCUCACUCGUGCGACCUGGUAUCAGCAAAAGCGCUUCGACAAUUGUUACGUUGUUGAAUUGCCGUGAACUGCUUAAGGAAAUUGUCGCUGCUUUAGUCUGGUAAAUCUAUUAUCGACUUGUUGGUUGUUUUUUAUCGUCUCUCCUACAUGUAUAUUGGCUUUCGACUGCUGGGGAAAUCGGGGAUGCACUAGUGUUUUAUAGAUUGGCUUUAUGUUAUUAUGGCUCCGUUAUAAUUAUAUGCAAUUGCAUUUUGUUUGGGGGGGGCACGUGUUGAUUUUCGGGCCGGUUUUUCAGAAUGCAUUCCAAUUUGUGUCGUCAGAAGUAAGUCUGCACAGUCGCUAGUUUUCAGCGUACCCUAUGUACGAGCUACACACAAGUGCGGCGAGCAGGUGAAAUACCACAAACCAUGUCUUUAGCACAGCUAUAUAGUUGACGCGACCAGUGUAUGGGAGCUGUGUCAUUAUUGUGCGGUGGUGCUGACAAUGAGGUUUGUGUGGUGGGGUGUAUAAUGUUCAAUUUGCUACGCGCGAGUUGGCAUUAAGUAAAAUUUAAGAAAUUUAAUUAAUUAAUGAAAAAUUUCAAAAAAUAAACUGGAUUCCAAAUCUAAACGUUCGUCGAUCGGAUUCAUCGUUGUGUUAUUGAUAGGUUCUCUUGCUUACUAUAAUGUUACCCAAGAUGUGCAUGAAUGAGGUUUCAAUUCUUACCAUUUCAACAUUCUCUCGUAAUGGCUGCAUUUUCUGCGACAUUUUUCCCAUUCUAAAACCGAUAUCAAUACUCUUAGAUCCAAAAAGUAUCAGAGAAAAUAUUUUUGCCAUACAUCCUCAAAAAUUAUAGAUCCGAUGUGUACCUUUUCUACGAGUUUCUGAUAAUGCCGGAAUAAAAUCUAGGUGUAUUCUGUAAUAUAAUAAGACAA